GCUUCCAUUCCAUUCCACCAUCUCCAAUUACCCCCUGUCCAUCGCCGCCGCCGCCUUCCUGGAACCUUCGUUCCCCUCCCCUCCGGCCACUUCCUACAAAGCCACAAAGCCCUCCUCCUCCGCUCGCCGCCUCACCUACCCACCCACUCUCCGCCUCCAUGGGCUCCUCCUACGACAUCUCCCCGUGCCUCGGUUCCGGCGUCGAUGACCCCUCCCACUUCUUCUACCUCUCCGACCUCGCCCCCGUCUCCCCGUCCUCCUACCUCGACCUCCCUCCGACGCCUCACCACGAGCAGCAGCAGCUGGAGCAACCCGUCGGCAACGGCGGGGGAGGGACCGCGGGGACGCCGGAGGACCUCGUGCUCCCCUACAUCUCCCGCAUGCUCAUGGAGGAGGACAUCGACGACAAGUUCUUCUACGACUACCCCGAUCACCCCACCCUCGUCCAGGCGCAGCAGCCCUUCCUCGACAUCCUCUCCAAUUCCGACGACACAACCUGCGGCAGCGGCGGCGGCAACAGCUACCACCCCGGCCCCUCCCCCUCCUCCUCCGACAAGUCCGCGCCCCACACCCCCGCCGCCGUCAACUCCUACGACCCGGCCGCCCACUACACCAGCAGCCCCUUCGACCUCGAACCCGCGGCCUUCUUCGGCGCCGGCGCUAACUCCGACCUCAUGAGCUCCGCCUUCCUCAAGGGCAUGGAGGAGGCCAACAAGUUCCUGCCCUCCCAGCACAAGCUCAUCAUCGACCUCGACCCGCCCGAGGACGCCAAAACCUUCCUCCUCCCCAGCGAGGACAAGCUCGCUGCCGGAUUCAACGGCGUCACCUCUGCUCCUCCCGCGGCUCCGGCGGUCGCGGUGAGCGUGAAGGAGGAGGAAGCGGUCGAUGUGGUGCCUGCAGGCGGCGGCGGCCGGGGGCGCAAGAACCCGUACGACGAGGAGGAGCUCGAGCUGGUGAGCGGCAGGAGCAGCAAGCAGAGCGCGAUGCAGGGGGAGGACGACGCGGCGCGGGACAUGUUCGACAGGGUCAUGAUGCCCACCCACGAGAUGUGCGUCGAGCAGAUGCAGAAGCUGCGGAUCGCCAUGCAGGAGGAGGCGGCCAAGAACGACGGCGGGAAGGCUGGGAACGGGAAGGCGAGGGGCCGGCGCGGUGCGAGGGAGGUGGUGGACCUGCGCACGCUGCUCAUCCACUGCGCGCAGGCCGUGGCCACGGACGAUCGCCGCAGCGCCACCGAGCUGCUGAAGCAGAUCAAGCAGCAUGCGAGCCCACAGGGUGAUGCGACACAGCGCCUGGCGCACUGCUUUGCCGAGGGCCUGCAGGCCCGGCUUGCAGGGACCGGCAGCAUGGUGUACCAGUCGCUCAUGACCAAGCGCACCUCGGCGGUGGAUAUACUUCAAGCGUACCAGUUAUACAUGGCCGCCAUUUGCUUCAAGAAGGUGGUUUUCAUAUUCUCAAAUCACACGAUCUACAAUGCCUCCCUGGGUAAGAAAAAAAUACAUAUCGUGGAUUACGGUAUACAAUAUGGGUUCCAGUGGCCAUGCUUUCUGCGACGGAUAGCAGAUAGGGAGGGUGGGCCACCGGAGGUGAGGAUUACUGGCAUUGAUCUCCCCCAGCCUGGGUUCCGUCCAACUGCCCGCAUUGAGGAGACAGGGCGCCGCCUCGGUAACUAUGCCCGAGAGUUUGAUGUGCCAUUCAAGUACCAGGCGAUUGCGGCAUCUAAGAUGGAAUCCAUCCGCAUGGAGGAUCUGAACAUUGAUCCAGAUGAGGUGCUUAUCGUGAACUGCCUGUAUCAGUUCAGGAACUUGAUGGAUGGGAGUGUCGUGAUCGAAAGCCCGAGGGAUAUCGCACUCAAUAACAUCAGGAAGAUGCAGCCUCAUACAUUCAUCCAUGCUGUUGUGAAUGGCUCGUUCAGUGCACCAUUCUUCGUGACACGGUUCCGGGAGGCUCUGUUCUAUUUCUCAGCCUUGUUUGAUGUUCUGGACACAACCACCCCAAGGGACAGCGACCAGAGGAUGCUGAUUGAGCAGAAUUUAUUUGGGCGUGCUGCCCUGAAUGUCAUUGCUUGUGAGGGUGCAGAUCGGGUGGAGCGCCCCGAGAUGUAUAAGCAAUGGCAGGUACGGAAUCAACGUGCUGGCUUCAAGCAGCUGCCAUUGAAUCCAGAAAUCGUGCAGGUAGUGCGAAAGAAGGUCAAGGAUUGCUACCACAAGGACUUUGUGAUUGAUGUAGAUCACCAAUGGCUCCUGCAGGGAUGGAAAGGGCGCAUCCUCUAUGCCAUCUCGACAUGGGUGGCAAAUGAUGCUGGCUCUUAUUAUUAGCUGUUCUUUUAAUCACUUGUCUGAAAAUAUGGAUUUAGCUAUGUUAUCCAGUAUAUCUAGUGGCUGUUAUGUAUGGCUCAGUUAGUAGCCAUGGUUCAAUGAAUUUCAUGACUCAAAGUACGCCUAUUCAGAAUUCGACAUGGACUUGUUUCAUGGGUAGAUUGUUUUGCCGUAUGAACCAGUUCGUGCAGUUCAGGUUCUGAGGACGAUGGGUAACACAAGAAAGAUGUUGGAAUCAGAAAACAGAAACCUUGUAGAAAUCCAUGCUUUGAUGUAAUGUGAAUGUGAAUUAGAUGUUUAUGCAGCCAUGUCGUUGCUUAGUGCUAUGUAGAGUGUAGAUCUAUGUCCUAGCCUGGAUAAUGUUCGCAGCAGCAUCACCUGUGCUUGUGCCUUGUAACUGACACUUGUUGUCCUGUAUCCGAUGCGAUGCUUACUGCACUGUUGCAGACUGUAGCAUGGUAUUAUAAAGUGAUGCAACCAUGGUUUUGUUUA